AUGUUGGUUUUGGAGGCAGCUGUGACUGGAUGCUCCGGUCGUCAACCGCGGAAUCCCGCAAUAGCUGGAACUGGGACCAACGCCAUUUCUACUUUCCAUUAUUUCGAGUCGAACUUCUCAGCUGUAACACUCUUCUGGUGUCUUGCUGCCAUGCCACCUGAGUGGAGCACGAGGAAGGAGAGGCUGUCAGGUUGCCCAAGCCUGGACAAGAGCAUUCGAGAUGCAGAUGUUGAGUUCGAAACACUGACCUCUCGACACGCGAGCCAAAUGCAACCAGAAGUGAUUGAAUGUAGGACAGUCUGCGAGCCAUUGGCUUUUUACUCGUAUGCAAGCGCAGUGAAUCUACCAAACCCAGUAAAAAAAUCUUCGUCUCUUCACUCAGAAUCGUCGAAUGGGAACGGACCUAAUGUUGAGACAAUCCUUCAGAAAUGCGAAUCAGUUCAAAUGACGGCGCCGUUCAGCAUGCGCUUCACAUCUGAAAGAUGUUUAUCGCUGCUGCAAGACUGGGUGGAAUCAAACCCAAACCUCAUGCUUGCAGACCGGCCAAUCGACGUGGUAGAUGCAUUUGUUUAUCUGGGCACUCGUAUAAGUACCUGUGGAAAUGCUGUAGCCUUUAUUGCCAUCUCUCCAAAACUGUCCUACGAGUGA